UUUAGUGCAUUUUUCAUUCAACACGUGCGGGUUUUGUUUACGUUUUUAAUUUUUCCUCGAAAGCGCAAAAAUGAAGUUUUCCUACAGAUUUUCCAAUUUGCUGGGCACAAUAUAUCGGAAUGGAAACCUGGUCUUCACGCCGGAUGGAAAUUCGGUCAUCAGUCCGGUGGGCAACAGGAUAACGGUCUACGAUUUGAAAAACAACAAAUCCCGCACCUUGUCUCUGGAAUCGAAAUAUAACUACACGAGUCUGGCGCUCUCGCCAGAUGGAAGCUUGCUGAUAGCAGUCAACGAGAGAGGAGAGGCGCAGCUCAUUAGCAUGAUGUCCUGCACAGUGAUACAUCGGCACAAGUUCCAGACCGGCGUCCAGUGCAUCUGCUUCAGCCCAAAUGGUGAAUUCUUCGCCGUAGCCGUGAUUAAUGUCGUCUUGAUAUUCUGCGCCCCGGGUGAGAUUACCGGAGAGUACAAUCCCUUUGUGCUGAGGCGGAGAUUCCUGGGCGGCUAUGACGAUGUCACCUGGCUGGACUGGUCCUCGGACUCGCGACUCCUGGCUAUUGGCUGUCGUGACAGCUCCACCAAGAUCUGCGCAGUGAACUAUACGAAGAACUUUCGCACGUACAAUCUGAGUGGUCAUACGGACAGCAUUGUCUCCUGCUUCUUCGAGGCGAACAGCCUGCACUUGAACACCAUCAGUCGCAAUGGGCAGCUGUGCCUGUGGGAGUGCAGCUUGGCUCCCUCGGACCUGGAGGAUGCUCAGAGGCCAGCGCUGCUUCCACCGGAAAGCAAAAGGGGCAAAAAGGCGGCUGACUCUGAUAAUGAAUCCGAGGACGACGUUGAAAAUACGCUAGAGAAGCAGACGGCGAAAGAGGAAUCUGGGGAAUCAACACCUGGGGCCGAGGAUGUCAAUGAAAUCAAAGAUGAGGCUGAGAAAAAACGACACCCGUUCUUCUACAAGAAGCUAGCCCGCCAUUAUUUGGCCGAUGAGCCGCGCAAGGAGCAGCGGGAUGUGCAACUGACGGCAGCCAACUACAACACUCGCACCAAGGUCCUGGUGGUGGCCUUCAGCAACGGCGCCUUCUACCUGUACGAGCUGCCCGACGUCAAUAUGAUUCACUCGCUGAGCAUCUCCGAUUAUCCCAUCUCGGCGGCUCUCUUCAAUUGCACCGGUGACUGGGUGGCCCUGGCCUCGCGGGAGAUCGGCCAGCUGCUGGUAUGGGAAUGGCAAAGCGAGCAGUACAUCAUGAAGCAGCAGGGGCACAGCAGCGAAAUGAGCUGCAUCGCCUACUCACCGGAUGGCCAGUUCAUAGCCACCGGUGGCGAGGACUCGAAGGUGAAGCUGUGGAAUACGCAGAGCAGCUUCUGCUUUGUCACCUUCAGCGAGCACACCAGCGGUGUGACUGGCAUUCAGUUUAGCAAGAACAAGAAGUUCCUGGUCAGCAGUUCCCUAGACGGUACGGUGCGCGCCUUUGAUAUUAACAGAUACCGCAAUUUUAGGACCUUCACCUCGCCCAGUCCAGCACAGUUCUCCUGCGUGGCUGUGGAUCACUCGGGUGAGCUGGUGGUGGCCGGUGGCCAGGACGUAUUCGACAUAUACCUUUGGUCGGUGAAGACGGGUAAGCUGCUGGAGAUCAUUAGCGGCCACGAGGGACCCGUGGUCUCGCUGGCCUUCUCCCCAGUGGCCACCUCGUCAACCUUGGUUUCCGGUUCCUGGGAUAAAACUGUCAAGAUUUGGAACUGCCUGGAGAGCAGCAGUGAGCACGAGUCUAUUGAUGCUCUUUCGGAUGUAACUAGCGUGGCCUUUAGUCCCAGUGGCGAGGAGAUUGCCGUGGCCACUCUGAGUGGAAAUAUAACAGUUUUCGACGUCAAGUCUGCCACCCAGGGCACCACGAUAGAGGGACGUAAUGACCUAAGUGGCGGGCGGCUGGAAACUGAUAUAAUAACAGCAAAGAAGAAUGCACAAGCCAAUUACUUCUCCACCAUUGAGUACUCCGCGGAUGGAGAGUGCAUCUUGGCUGCUGGCAAGUCGGCCAACAUUUGCAUUUAUAACGUUAGAGAGGCUAUCCUUUUGAAGAAAUUCCAAAUCACGCAGAAUCACAGCCUGGAUGGACUAACUGACUUCAUUAGUCGCAAACAUAUGACCGAAUUCGGCAAUAUGGCUCUGGUGGAAGAGCGCGAAGAUUUGGAUGGCGGUAAGGUUGCCAUACGAUUGCCAGGCGUACGUAGCGGAGACAUGUCCUCCAGACGUUUCCACCAGGAGGUCCGAGUAUUCGCCGUAAGGUUCUCACCCACGGGCCAGGCCUUUGCAGCUGCAGGAACCGAAGGACUUUGCAUAUAUGCUCUGGAUAAGGGAGUUGUGUUCGAUCCGUUUGACCUGUCGCUGGAAGUCACGCCGAAGGCGGUUCACGAAUCCCUCAAGAAGCACGAUUACACAAAGGCGCUCGUCAUGUCCCUGAAGCUAAACGAGCCCAACUUGAUUGCCCUAGUGCUGGAGCAAGUGCCGUAUAGGGACAUUGAACUGGUCUGCGCGGAUCUGUCGCCGGAGUUUGCCCAGCGAUUGCUGCAACAAUUGGCCCGCCAGCUCCAAGCCACGCCGCACAUCGAGUUCUAUUUGCAGUGGAGCUGCUGCCUGUUGACCAAGCACGGCAACCAGGACGGCGUCUUUCAGCACACGGGACUGCUGGCCCUGCACGAGGUGCUCUCGCGGAAGUACGAAAUGCUCAAUAAGAUAUGCGACUACAAUAAAUACACAAUGAGGGUGCUUUUGGACAGAGCCGAUAGGCUUGAGCAGUCAAGUGAGGGCAGCACGAAACCCCUUGCAGAAGAUAGCGAUGAAGAAAUGCUGCUCAUUAGGUCAAAGGAUGGCGAGGACGACCAGUCGCAGUUCAGCGAUGUGGAGGAAAGCGACAGUGAAUCCGAGGGAAAUGAAAAUGAAUAGGCUUAAAUCAAAAGUCCUCCUGUUAAUUCUGUAACAAAGACCCACAGUUUAGUUUAUUUUGAUAGAUGUACGCGCCUUGUCUUUUAUUAAGAAUAAAGUUAAAGCUUUUUCAAUAACAA